CAACUAUUUAGUCGACAAUCCAAGAAUUCAUAACGCCUUUCAAAUUCUCGAUAAAUUACUUAAAAUCAACAAAUAACAAGUCAAUGAACAAUUAAAUAUCAAUUAGUUUUACUGAGUUAAUGUUUAUUUCUCGCAAAACAAAUUAAAAAAAAACCAGUCUAGUUAAUUUACGAAGAUGUCAAGUGGUGGGUAAUCCACAAUAUAGAUAUUUACCUGCGCUGAUUGUUAUUAUUAUUAUUAAUAUUAACAUCAUAAUGUCAGUAAUCAUAGCGUUAUUAUCAUUAUCACAUCGUUCAAUUGUUAACAGUAAUUUUUAUCGCGACAUCUACAGAUUGAUAAAACUCAAAAAAGUGCUACAUAGAGAAAUCAGUUACCUUACAACCAUCAAACGAAAAUUGUUAAUCGGAGCAAUUUUUUGAUUUGCAAAAAAAGACGCAUACGUUUAUGAUACCUAAUCAAAAUUUUUUAAAUAUAAAUUUUUGUUUACGGAAAAAUGCUUUCGUUUCUGGUGUAGCAAGCAAACUUGUGUAAUAGUGAAAUUCAUUUAGUUUACGUUCUAUUUUUGACGAAAAUUUAAUAUGGAGACCACUCCUGAUUCUCUAGAUCCUGAGGUUACUCCAAGAACCGGUAAUGAUUCUACAGACACUAAUAUUUUGAUUAUAUCGACCGUUGUACCAGUUAGUAUGUUUGUGAUCAUUUUUGUGGCAGUCUGGAGAGUCAACAGAAGAAUACGUAGAGGUGCCACAAAUCGAAGAUCCAACAAUCUUCUUAAAUCCUCUGUAUACAUCAUACCCAGCCAUGAGUAUCAACCGAAAAGCAUACUUAGACCAGACGUAGUGUCAAAUCCCCCACAAUUAAACACGCUGGAUGCAGAGUCUGGUAAAAAACAGAAGAAAAAGGGUCACCUCAAAAUUAAAAUCGCAUCGAAAAAGACGAAAAACCAGAAUUACUCUACUGGUGCUUUUCCUAGAGACCCGAUCUAUAGAAAUCAAGAAAGCCCGUCUUACAUUGUACCUUUUUCAGCGCUUCCACACAAUUUUGAUUUUUCGUUAAAAACAAUUGAAGUACACAGCGAUUUCGUAGUAAUCAAAGAUUUGGACGUACUACAUUCUUAUUGGUACGAGACCGAUAUCAACAAAGAAGAAUACCAGAAGCCACCCUCUUUGAACCCUAAUUUUAGACCCUAAUAUUCAGAACUGUUUAAUAGAAAGUUUUUUUUUAACUGUAAAGCAGUGCUGGAUUAUUAACAAAGGGAGGUAAGAAUACCAACUAACUGUAAAGGGCA